UAUUUAAGCCGUUUGUAACAUAUAACCAUUUACCUUAUUGGUUGUGAAAGCAGAAAAACAGCACAAAAAAAUGAAGGUGUCCACGUUGAUAGUGUUGGUAGCCUUGAGCAUAUUGAAUUUGGCUGGAGCUUCGAAGCUGGAACUUCUACAGCGAAUCGAAACAGUAGACUCGCUUUUUUCGCAUGAAGGUCCCACUUCGAAUGUUCUUCAAGAAUAUCAAUGGGUGGUAAACGAUAUCGAGCUGAGGGAGGCUAGAGAUGUAGCCUUGCCAGAAUUGGAAGCCAUAGUGAGAGAUUACCUCCCACAGCUAUACUUCAAAAAGGCUCUAAUAGAGCUCAAUUUGAAUAAAGAUGCUGCAGCCAUAGGAGACUUGAAGAAAGUUUUGCAACUUGAUCCUACAAAGAAGCCAGCGAAGAUAAAAUUGGUGGAGAUUUUGCUUGAAAAAGGUGACGUUGUCACUCUCAAACAGUUUCUUAAUCUCAAGGAAGAUUCCGAGACUAUUGAAAAGAUUCAGCAUUGGGAGAAAUCGAUAGAAGAUGCCGAGAGACUCUUUUUGAAUAAUGACUUUCUUUCCUGUGUCAGACUACUAGAAGAAGACGUUUUGCUGUUAACCCCGCUGAACGGCCAAGCUCACGAAUUGCAUUACCAGUCUAUUCUUCGUUUGUACCAUAAUGAUCCGACACUCGUGUUGGAAAGUAGAGGAGAAAAGAUUGCCGUAGCAAAAAUAAUUAUCAGGGACAUCCAGACUCUUAUCAAGCUACAACCUUUGGCAAACUUGAAGCUCUACGAUACGUUAUCGAAUUUCUUCUUGUUCACAGAAAGUCAGUUUGACAUCGCCAGAAGCUACAUCAAAAAUUGCUUGAGAAUAGACAACGACUUUAAACCUUGUGGAUCCAUUUCGAAAUUCUUGACUAAAUUUCAAGACUUCUUGCGGCUAUUUGAAGAGUAUUCCAUCAUCAUUGGCCAUUAUUAUGUGACUUUGGAAGGGUCUAGUUCCCUGAAUCUCAAUGACGAACUCGUAGAUCCAGGCAUAAAUUUCAAGUUUGUCAAUGAUUUUUUGUUUCACUCUGAGAUCAAGGUUUCUAAAUUGGAAAAGAGGCUAUUACCACCGAAUAUCAAGAACAACUACGACUACUUGUUGCAUCGUGCUUCGACGUUUCUUGUAGAACAUGCAGGAAGCGAUGUUGCGAUUGGUGAACUCAAGUUCACCAAUGAUUUGAACAAAAUCUCAUGCGAAUCGUUCAUUAGAAUGAAUGACGUCAAGAGAGCUGGUCCAUACUGUGCGAAGGUAAAAGAUGCCUUCUUGCCCAAGAGUUUACCAGACGUCGACAAGUUGCUUCAGGCUAAGAAGUUUGGAGAAGCGCAAGCAAUUCUUGAUCAGUUCAACGCUAAUGUCAAACAGACGAAGAUGUUUCUGGACAGAUACCAUAAGAUUGAAGAAGUAUUGAAAAGUCAACAACAACAGCAGCAACAACGACAACAGCAACACUUCCGUCAGCAGCAGCAGCAACAAAGACAAUACCAGCAACAGCAGCAACAAAGACAACAAUCCAACGCCAAACCAGCCAACGAUUACUAUAAGAUUUUAGACAUUUCGCGUGAUGCUGACGACAAAACAAUCAAGAAAGCUUACCGUGCACAAACGUUGAAGUAUCACCCUGACAAAUUCAUGAAGAGUGGAUUAAGCAAGGAAGAGAUUGAAACAAAGAUGCAAGACGUCAAUCAAGCGUACGAAGUGUUGUCCAACAAGGAAUUGAAAGAAAGAUACGACAGAGGAGAUGAUCCCAAUGUUCCAAAUGGAGCCGGAACCGGAGGAGGAAAUCCAUUCGGCAAUGCUUUCAAAGGAGGCAAUUUCAAUUUCGGGCAACAAUUUUCACACCAGUUCUUCCAGAAUGGUGGAGGGGCAGGGGGUUUCGGAUUUGGUGGAUCAAGCCAGUUUGGAGGAUUUGGAAAGGGACACAGACACAAAGUAAAAUUCAGCAAGAACAAGAAAAAGAGGAGUUGAACAUAGUAUAAUAGACACAGCAAAUUUAUAUAGCUGUUUAGAAUGGAAUGUAACAAUACAUGGGUAGAUCU